AGAGGAGAGAUGGGUGGGAUAAUGUCAGAUGGGUGUUCCAUGCGGGCAGCUGUGCUCUCCCUGGGAAGAGUGCACAGGGCCAACGUGGCCAACGCCAGACAUAGGACACUGAUCGGCAAUGGGUAGCUACAGGCAGGAACCUGGCAUGUCCAUCACAGGUGGCGAGAGGCGCAGCAGCAGUAGCUACAGCGAUCCGCGCUUUGGGAGGACUUCGCAAAAAAGCAGGAAAGGCCUCCUGGGGCUAUCAAACCUGGGCAACACCUGUUUUAUGAAUGCAGCCUUGCAGUGCCUAUCGCACUCGCAUGGAAUGCAGAAGUACUUUCGCCACUGUCCGCACGCCUUUUCGUCCAAAGCUCAAGGCCCUCGGCAAAAGCUUUUGAUGGCUUUUGCACAUUGGUUCGAGCAAGACUGGGGUGCCAAUGUGUCCGCGCCCUACCACCGACCGGAGGACGUGCUCCGAGCGGUGCAGCAGCUGAAUCCCACGUUUCAAGGCUACGCACAGCAAGACUCCCAGGAGUUUUUGCGAUGUGUCUUGGACAACAUCCACGAAGAGUUAAGAAGGGAGGUGAAAGAGGAAGUCGAGGACGAAAGUCACUCGGGCGAGAAUGGCAAUGCUUGUCAUGAUGCUCGAUCAGAUCGGCGGAGUGCAGGAAAUACUGCUUCCACUGACUUCCUACCUUCUGGAGGCAAAGUGCUGGAACGGAGCUCUUCAGGCUCUUCAACCUCACAGCACCUGAUGCAGUUUUGCCAAGUGCCAGAAAGCAACACAGAUAUGGGGGAGAUCAGGCUUUCUGAGACUUCCGCUGGCAACAGGCCAGUGGCAGAAAGCGCUGAAGAAGUGGAGCAAGCCUCGUCAGGCCCAAACAUGGCAUCUGCGGGGGAAAGCUCUGAAGGUGGAGCGGCGAGCUCCAAGAAAAUACACCGAACGCACUUCGAGUCAAUAAUCUCCGAACUCUUCCAGGGAAAGGUGGUGUCUUGUGUUCGUUGCACUCAAUGCAACCAGACAUCGAGGACGUCAGAAGCCGUCUAUGAUGUCUCUGUACCUAUACCCAAUGCCAAUGAGCCUGCCAGUCCCCUUAGUGCUGACGGCUCACCGGUGUCGUUGCCCGCAGGCUCUCCAGGCCACUUGCAGCCUCAGUCUGCAGGUUUACGGAGUUCCUCCUGGUCUGGUGUGCUCGGUGGACUUGGGAAGGUGAAAAGCUGGUUUUACGAUAAAGGCGUGAGCCUCAACGACUGCCUUCGGCGCUAUUGCGCACCCGAAUACCUCAGUGGCAAGGACCAGUACUAUUGCGAGCGCUGCAAAAAGAAGAAUGAUUGCGAGAAGCGAAUGGUCUUCAAGGAGCUUCCGGAGAUCUUGUGCAUUCACCUCAAGCGUUUCCGAUUUGACAACGCUUAUGGCUGGUUUGCAGGAUCCAAGAACUCCAGGGUCGUCAACUUUCCAGUGACCAGUCAUUUGGACAUGUCGCAGUUUAUGGAGGAGGUUCCCAACCAGCCAACUGAAUAUAGGCUCAUUGGCCUGAUUCAGCACAUUGGCUCCAUGGGUGGGGGCCACUACAUCGCUUACUGCCAGCACAAGAGAAAGCCUCAGGACUGGUACGAGUUUGACGAUGUGCAAGUCAAUCCUGUCAUGCCCGAGCAGGUUGAGCGGGCGGAACCCUAUGUGCUGUUUUACCAGCGCGUACCGUCCAAAAAAGCCAAGCAUGAUCGGCAGAUCUUCAAGAAUGACAUGCGAGCAAUGCAGGAAAAGAUCAAUCAGCACAUCGCCAACGCAGCAUCCUCGAAAGCCAGGACAGACAGAUCUGGGCGUGAAAAGGCCGCCCUGGAGAUGAACCGACAGGCCUUGCAAGAGGAGAUCCGCAAUCACGGCCCUGCUCUGCGAAACCUCUACAAAUCUCCACCCGCCGAAUUGGAGGUGGCCUUUGUCUCCAAGCAUUGGUAUGUGAGAUUGACCACGAUGAGUGAACCGGGUCCAUUGGACAAUAAAGAGUACUUAUGUCCCCAUGGGCAGCUGGGCUACUCUUCAGCAGAGUUGGCCUCGGAGCCCUUCUUCCCCAUCUCCAAGCAGCUCUCGAAGUCCUUAAUAGGUAUCUACGGCGGUGGUCCAGAGAUCACUUCUUUGGACAACUGCAAGAAGUGCCAAAUACGCAUCGCUGCAUACAACUUGCGCAAGCAAGCCGAGUAUGAGAUGGUCACGAGGUAUGACACGAAGGACACGGGAGAUGGGCAAGGAUGGUACCUCGUGAAUGCCGAGUGGGUGAACAAUUGGAAGCGCUAUGUGAAGGGCGAACCCGUCAGCAACUUUUGGGAGAUGUGUGCGCCGGGCCCCAUCACCAACGACCGUUUGUUCGAGAAGGAGGAUCCCACGAAGUUACGGGCCAAUCUCAGGCUCAAGUUGGACUACAUUGGAGUGAAUGCGUGCGUUUGGUGGUUAUUCAUGCAUGUCCAUGGUGGUGGUCCAGCUAUUGUUCGCGACGACUUGGAGAUCUACUCGCAGGAGUUGCCCUUGGAGACGGAGUUGGUGCCGAAUGAGCUCCGGCCAAAGGAAGGCGAUGACUUCUCCAUGCGCACUUCGCGGGAAUUUGUCGAUGAGUGUCACGGUGAUGAGGAGCUGUACAAGAGGCUGUACCCAGGCAAUGCCGAAGCACCGCCAGAACCCAGAGGCACGCCAGGACAUGCAGAUGACGCUGAGGAUGUAGAGUUGCCACAGGCACCCACAGAAGCCAGGGAGGCCGUCUCGGUGUCGCCGGAAGAGGGUGAGGAAGGCGCGACGCCCGCCUCACCGGCGACGGCGGCGACCGAGAAGGCCGAGGUGUCGAACGAGGUGUCGAUGGACACGUCGCCGAACGGCUCGCGGCCCCGCCCGUCUGGCCAAGACUCUCCAACUUCUGUGUAGCCUGGGGCCUGGAGCUUUCGGAGAGUUUCAUUGAACAGAGCUGCCAGAUUGAAUCUUCUGAGGCAACAACCCUGAAGGGCUUAGCUGUGCAGUUCGCAAUAUUUUCAUUACGCUAUAGCUUUCAUCCCGCCCGCCGCUUGCUGCGCUUGGGCUUGUAGAAUGGACAAGUCGACAUGGCAGCGGAGCCUGGAGUAGAGUCUCGUGGGUCGUAGUUGGAGUCCAUACAUGUCUCAAACCGAGGGGAGCCCCCAACCAGCCGUUCUGCC